CGCGUUGCGUAGAAUACGUGUCAGUGUCCACGUGACCCCAUUCAUCGCCACAUCACACGUCGCUAUAAAUUCGACCACGACAAAAUCCUCGAAAGCACAACCUCUCAUUCCCCGUCUCUCGCCAUGUCUGCACGCAGACCGACGCGCGCUCAUUCUUUGCGCAUCCUCUCCUCCUUCUCCCUUCUCGUUCUUUCUCUCCUCGCCUUGGUGUCCUUUUCGCCUGUAGCGAGCGCAGAGGAGGCUCACGCUGAGUAUGGAACUGUUAUUGGUAUCGAUUUGGGCACCACCUACUCUUGCGUUGGUGUUCAGCGAGGCGGCCGUGUAGAAAUCAUCGCAAACGACCAGGGUAACCGUAUCACUCCUUCAUGGGUCAGCUUUAUGGACGAUGAGCGACUUGUCGGUGACAGCGCGAAGAACGCCUUCCACUCCAACCCCAAGAACACGGUUUUCGACGCAAAACGUCUCAUUGGUCGCAAGAUGGACGACGCUGACAUGAAGCGUGACCUGAAGCACUGGCCUUUCACUGUCGCCGAGAAGAACGGCAAGCCCGCGAUCACUGUCGCCUACAAGGGCGAGAACCGCGACUUCUCUCCGGAGGAAAUCAGCGCCAUGGUUCUCACCAAAAUGAAGGAGACCGCCGAGGCUUACCUCGGAGAGAAGGUUACCCACGCCGUUGUCACCGUUCCUGCCUACUUCAACGACGCUCAGCGUCAGGCUACCAAGGACGCCGGAACGAUCGCUGGUCUGACCGUGCUCCGUAUCAUCAACGAGCCCACCGCUGCCGCUAUCGCAUAUGGAUUGAACAAGAAGGGCGGAGAGUCGCAAAUCAUUGUCUACGAUCUCGGAGGAGGAACCUUCGAUGUUUCGCUUCUCUCUAUCGACGACGGUGUCUUUGAGGUCCUCGCUACUGCCGGUGACACCCAUCUCGGUGGUGAAGAUUUCGACAACCGUGUUAUGGACUACCUCACCAAGCAGUACAAGAAGAAGACCGGCACUGACGUCACCUCGAACCUGCGCGCCAUGGGUAAGCUCAAGCGCGAAGUCGAGAAGGCCAAGCGUACUCUCUCCAGCCAACAAAGCACUCGCAUCGAAAUCGAGAGCUUCGAAGAUGGCAACGACUUCUCGGAGACCCUCACUCGCGCCAAAUUCGAAGAGCUCAACAUGGAUCUUUUCCGCAAGACCAUGAAGCCGGUGGAGCAGGUGCUCAAGGAUGCCAACGUGAAGAAGGAAGACGUUGACGAGGUUGUGCUUGUCGGUGGUUCUACUCGUAUCCCCAAGGUCCAGCAACUCCUCCAGGAGUACUUCGGUGGAAAGGAGCCAUCCAAGGGCAUCAACCCCGAUGAGGCUGUUGCCUACGGCGCUGCCGUUCAGGGUGGAAUUCUGUCUGGUGCUGAGGGUACCGCGGACGUCGUCCUCGUUGACGUUUGUCCGUUGACUCUCGGUAUUGAGACCACCGGCGGUGUCAUGACCAAGCUCAUUGCUCGCAACACUGUCAUUCCUACUCGCAAGAGCCAGAUCUUCUCUACUGCCGCCGACAACCAGCCCACUGUGUUGAUCCAGGUUUACGAGGGUGAACGUUCGAUGACCAAGGACAACAACCUGCUCGGGAAGUUCGAGCUCUCCAGCAUUCCUCCUGCCCCUCGCGGUGUGCCCCAAAUCGAAGUCACCUUCGAGAUUGAUGCCAACGGUAUCAUGAAAGUUGCCGCUGCCGACAAGGGCACUGGCAAGUCUGAGAGCAUCACCAUCACCAACGAAAAGGGACGUCUCAGCCAGGAAGAGAUUGACCGGAUGGUCGCCGAGGCUGAGCAGUUCGCGUCUGAGGAUGAGGCUCAGCGCAAGCGUAUCGAGGCUCUGAACUCGCUCUCUUCCUUCGUCUACGGUCUCAAGAGCCAGCUCGGUGACCAGGAGGGUCUGGGUGGCAAGAUCGCCGAUGAUGACAAGAAGACCUUGCUCGCCACCAUCAAGGACACCACCGACUGGAUCGACGAGAAUGGUUCUUCUGCCAGCGCUGAGGACCUCGAGGAGAAGUUGGCCGAGGUUCAAUUGGUGGUCAACCCCAUCACCUCCAAGCUGUACUCUGGAUCCGGUUCUGGAGCACCAUCGGGUGAUGAGGAGUUCGGCUUUGACCACGAUGAGCUGUAAGACAGCACAGAUCUCUUGCAUGGACGGCUACUCGACGGGGAGAUGGCCCCACGUGUAGUGUAUCGUACGUCACUCCUGGUAAUUUGCACCUAGAUCCGUACAAUCUUCCAAGAAGAUCAAAAUACGCAUGAGGUGGAUGUAUUUAUUAGACCAAGCCAAAACACUUGUUGGAUUGAUUCAAUCGUAUUCUGGAAUUAGUGACAGUUGCGCACCAUGCACGUUCUCGGGGGGCAGGCAGUCUGGCCCCUGCUAUUCACUCGACCAAGGCCCAGUUCAUUGACCGUAGCUGCUGUCAAUUGGUGGUAGACCGAGCUUUUGUAGUAGCACGCGUAAACGGCCCUCCAGUGCGCGAACGUCGUUGAUCGUCGGCCGUGCAGAUUGGUCACUGGCAAUGGUAGCGCCAGGAGUGAGUCGAGCUAGCAUAUCCUCCAACCCCUCCAUCUCCCUCCGCUCAUUCAGUCCCUCGUUCUCAUUCAGCCCGGUGUCCUCAUACGCCAAGUGCUGUCGCGCGUGCUCUUCUGCUUCCAGAUCUCGUGGCACGACAUCGGAGAAUCGAAUAGCCGCAAGCCCAGUGGCGAUUUCUCGUGCUUCAGCGAGCAAGGACGUUUUUACAUCGUCGGGCACCAGCGACGAUAGCGGCGACUGGAGAUAUGUUACGAAGGCUGAAGCCUUUCCGCGCAGGAAACCGAGGUCCUGGCCGAGAGGCGCGCCGACCUCUGCGAACCCUGCAUCGAAGCCCUCCUGAAGAGCGGAUUCUUUACCGGCUGUUAUUCCUUCUCGAUAGCCCGUCUACCGAAGUUUUUGAGCAUCGGGUUAUGGGAUGCAAGGUGGAAAAAGCAUGCACGUUGGUGAAGUCGUUUGAGAUCUUCGUCCAUUCAUUUUCUCUGGCGCUCUCGUGCGUGGCGUCCUCGUUCCAGGGAGAGUCGCCGUCCAAGUCCAAGUCCAUUUGAGCGAUCGAUCAUUCGAUCGUUAUCUGAUUAUCGAAUAUCUAACUCAAGCCGUG